GUCCCCCCGCCCCGUCUUUGCCCUCGCGACGCCGCCACCCCGGGAGCGAGUCAUGGUGGCUGCACUGGUGGCGGCGUGGCUGCUCCUGGCGGUCGCGGCCGGCGCGCAGCGGGAGCAGGACUUCUACGAUUUCAAGGCGGUCAACAUCCGGGGCAAGCUGGUGUCGCUGGAGAAGUACCGCGGGUCGGUCUCCCUGGUGGUGAACGUGGCUAGCGAGUGCGGCUUCACAGACCAGCACUACCGAGCCCUGCAGCAGCUGCAACGGGACCUGGGGCCCCACCACUUCAACGUGCUUGCCUUCCCCUGCAACCAGUUUGGCCAGCAGGAGCCUGACAGCAACAAGGAGAUCGAGAGCUUUGCCCGCCGCACCUAUAGCGUCUCUUUCCCCAUGUUUAGCAAGAUCGCAGUCGUCGGCACUGGAGCCCACCCUGCCUUCAAGUACCUGACCCAGACUUCUGGGAAGGAGCCCACCUGGAACUUCUGGAAGUACCUAGUGGCCCCAGAUGGGAAGGUUGUAGGGGCUUGGGAUCCAACCGUGUCGGUGGAGGAGAUCAGACCCCAUAUCACAGAACUUGUGAGGAAGCUCAUCCUGAAGAAGCGAGAAGACUUGUAACCACGUUCCCUCUUCUCCCACUGUCCCCUUACCCCCAUCUUGCAUGGGUGACCAAAGCAAACUCAAAUGGUGCUUCAAAGGGAGAGUCCAUUGACUCCUUCCUCCAUUCUUAUCCCACCUACCCCACCACUCCUGUGAGGGAAAAAUUCUAGUAUUUUGAUGAUUUGAAUCUUAGAGCAACCAAUAGGAGCCCCUGGCCACUGAGAGCUCUUGACUCGUGAAUCACCAGCCAAUAGGAACCUCUAGCCCAUGAAAACAUGUGGCAAAUAGAAGUGUAUCAAGCAAUAAUCUACUACCUGUUAAGAACUCUGUAAAAUGGGGCCAAUUCCUACCUCACAGGGCUGCUGUGAGGAUUAGGACGAAAGACUUAUGAAUAUGUCUGGGGCAGUGCCAGCUCAAUAGGAGACAUUCAAUAAAUGUUUUUUUUGCAUAUAAAACAAAAAAUAACUUGUGAUCAAUAAAAACUUGCACCCACAUAAUUUCCAACCAA